AUGGCUCAAGGACAAACUGAGACCAAACACAGCGGCGGCCUUGAGGAAGAAGAGAGCCUUACGUCCACGCUUCCUAUGAGAGAAGGAUGGAGGGAACCGUUCUUCUUGUUCCAAGGCUACUGGCUCAUGCCCCAAGCCGUAAAGAGCGUCGCGCUCAUGCAAGCCCAGUUCGCGCCAUGUCCAGACGCCAUCAUCCUCGGAGGGCAGGACCAAGGUGAUGCAGGCAGGGGAGCUGAGGACCAAGCCAAUGCUGGAGAGAACACUGAUGCUGAAGAAUCGAGCAAAUGCCUUAGCGUUCUCGUAACAAUUGGUAUCAGAGCUACGAUCCUGGCGCAUCACCACGGGACAAGGCUCCAAAGCAAGAUGAAGACCGACGAACACUACUUGGAGUUGAUGGCUGUGUUGAAGGAUCAACAUGCGGAGACUCAGCAGUCGCUCUCAGAAAUGAGAACGGCAAUGGCGGAGUUGAAAGUAACCAAGGGGGAUUUCGAGCAGUGGAAGCCACUGGUCGAGACCAACCUGGUGGAUCUGCAGAAGAUCGUCACCGAUCUCCGUGUGCAAGUGGAGCAGCUCCAUCCGGUGCCAGGAUCUGAUGGAAAGAGUGCGGCCGAGACCUCGCGUGUUCGGGCAUCCGAAGCUGAGGCGAUGAAAUCAACUGGAGCGCUGGCCACCGCUCAUCUGGGGGCUUCCUCACCCGAGGCGGCGUUCGGGCCGAUCGGCCACCGCUCUACACCAAAUCACCGGGGGUAUGGUUUUGGGGUGCACGCCACCCUGACACCACCUCCGGUCACAGGUGCAUCUAACUCACACGGAUACACUUCUAUUCCUCUACACUUGCGUGAUUCAGUUGCCCCUAGUGCUAUGAGUAUGAGUUCCAGUUUAUUAGCUGCCAUGCCUCAGCUAAAUUUUCCGCAAUUUGAUGGCAGUAGUCCUAAAAUGUGGAUUAGACGUUGCGAAACCUUCUUUGAUAUCUAUGAAAUUCCACCGCAUAUGUGGGUUAAGCUGUCUACCAUGCAUUUUAUUGGCUCAGCUGCAUUUUGGUUACAAUCCUUGGAAUCGGUCAUUCAUCAGUGGGCUUGGACAGAUUUAAGUCUUGCUGUAUGUCAUAGGUUCGAUAGAGACCAGGGGAAUCUUCUGAUUCGACAAUUCUUUCAUAUCAGUCAAUCUGGGACAGUAGUGGAUUACAUAGAACGAUUUGAUGAUCUUAUCCACCAACUUCUAGCUCAUGACCCCUCUAUGAAUAGAGCUGUUAUUACUAAUCGUUUCAUAGAUGGGUUAAGAGGGGACAUCAAGUAUGUUGUAUUACUGCAUAGACCCUUAGAUCUCGAUACUGCGAGUUCUCUUGCUCUAUUGCAGGAAGAGGUUUUGCAAGAAAUGCUAAGAAAAGAGACAAGGAAAUCUGAAGGAUUAUCUUAUUCAAGAACUCUGCUCAGAUCCCCUAUCACUGGGCCAGCUACAACUCUCAAGGGUCAAAAUACCCAUGCUAUUACUAAAGAUAGGAAGUUGAAUGACAUUUCAAAUGUCAGAGAAGUAGGCACAGAUGAUAAACUGUCCAACUUAAGAGCAUAUCGUCGAGCAAAAGGUUUAUGUUUCAAAUGUGAAGAAAAAUGGGGUUUAAACCACAAGUGUUCUACAGUGGUACCACUGCAUGUAGUAGAGGAGUUGUGGCAGUUGUUACCUGAUGACACAAGUGAUAAAGAUGUUGUUGCACCGUUGAACAAAUCAGACUUUGAAGAAGAUUUAAUGGCCAUUUCACUCCAAGCCGUAAAUGGAACAGAUGGUAAUUCUACAAUCAGAUUACCAGGCUAUCUACAUCAUAGUGAAGUGCUUAUGCUAGUGGACUCAGGAAGCUCUCACUCUUUUAUCAGGGAGCAGUUAGCAGUAUCUAUGACUGGCUGGACAGAAAUUGGUACUCCUAUGAGGGUAAGAGUGGCUAAUGGCCAUAUCCUUAUGUGCACUCAUGAGUUGCAGGAACUCAAUUGGGUUGUCCAAGGACACACCUUCACCAGCAAUUUCAAAGUUCUUCCUCUCAGUUGCUAUGAUAUUGUUUUGGGUAUGGACUGGCUACAAGCCCACAGCCCUAUGCAGGUGCACUGGCUUGAGAAGUGGAUGAUAUUCAAACUCAAUGGAAAGGAUAUCAAAUUACAAGGACUUCAAUCUCAAGCACAAAUUGGAGCACCAAUAUCAAAGGCACAGCUCCAAGCCAUACAAAGAACAGACAGUUUCAUCUAUAUGUUACAACUCAAUGCAGUUGAGCUAAAUCCAGACAAGUCUGAUGCUUGGCCAGCUGAGAUAAAGGAAUUGAUAGAGAAAUUUUCUGAUAUCUUCUUGGAACCCACUGAAUUACCUCCACAAAGGCAAUAUGACCACACCAUACCAUUGAUACCUGGAGCACAACCAUUCCGAAUUUGCCCAUAUAGAUACAACCCUGCUCAGAAAGAUGAAAUUGAGAGGCAAGUCACUGAAUUACUUCAACAUGGUAUGAUUCAACUCAGCUCUAGUCCAUUUGCCUCACCUGUUUUAUUGGUUAAAAAGAAAACUGGUGAAUGGAGGCUCUGUGUAGACUAUAGAAAAUUGAAUGCUUUGACAGUUAAGAACAAGUACCCAUUGCCAAUCAUAGAUGAACUUAUGGAUGAACUAUUUGGUGCUUGUUGGUUCACAUCUUUGGACUUAAGGGCUGGGUUUCACCAAAUUCGGAUGGCUGUUGGUGAAGAAAGCAAAACAGCCUUUCAAACACAUCAUGGACAUUUUGAGUAUAAGGUCAUGCCUUAUGGUCUUACUGGUGCUCCAGCAACCUUUCAAGGUGUCAUGAACCAAGUCUUAGCUCCUCUUCUCAGAAAAUGUGUAGUGAUUUUUAUUGAUGAUAUAUUAAUCUAUAGCAAAUGUUGGGAGGAUCAUUUGCAGCACAUAAGUCAGGUGUUCACAAUUUUGAAGGAUCAUCAAUUGAAAGUGAAGCUUUCUAAGUGCCACUUUGCUCAACAACAGCUCUCCUAUCUGGGCCACAUAAUCAGUGAGAAGGGUGUUACAACUGAUCCAAGUAAGAUCAGUGUGAUCAAGGAAUGGCCUACACCCACAUGUGUUAAGGAACUCAGGAGCUUUUUAGGCAUGGCUGGGUACUACAGAAAGUUUGUGAGGCACUUUGGUCACAUUAGUAAACCGUUGACAAAUUUGCUCAAAAAGGGAGAGUUCUUUGUUUGGACAAAGGCAACAGAUGAUGCUUUCAACAUAUUAAAGCAAGCCUUACUCUCUGCCCCUACUCUGGCUCUACCCAAUUUUCAGCUACCUUUUGUCAUUGAAACUGAUGCAUCAGACAGAGGCAUUGGAGCAGUAUUACAACAAAAUGGACACCCUAUUGCUUUUGUAAGCAAAGCUCUAGGGCCUCGAAACCAAGCACUCUCCACAUAUGAAAAGGAAUACUUAGCAAUUAUCAUGGCAAUGGACCAUUGGAGAUCCUAUUUGCAACAAGCUGAAUUUCUGAUUAAGACUGAUAAAAAGAGCCUGAUCCAUUUAGAAGAGCAACGAUUGUCUACACCUUGGCAGUACAAAGCAUUGACUAAGCUGAUGGGUCUUCAAUUCAGGAUAAUCUACAAGAAGGGGACUGAAAAUAGAGUGGCAGAUGCACUAUCUAGAGCACCUCAUGCAUCACUUAACACUCUAGUAUCUGUAGCACAACCAGUAUGGCUGGAGGAGGUAGUGGCUGGAUAUCAACAGGAUGCUCAUACACUAAAACUAUUGACUGAGCUGUUGAGGUCACCUAUCAGCGAGUUAAAAGUAUCUUUGCUUGGCACAAACUCAAACAAUCAGUCCAGCAAUUUGUCGCAAAUUGCACCAUUUGUCAGCAAGCUAAGCCUGAAAGAACAGCUUAUCCAGGACUAUUAUCACCCAUACCAGUCCCUCAAGGAAACUGAUGCAAACAUUGUUGCACCAACAUUUGUUGAGAGCUCAACAACUCAUGAAAAUCCAGGCUGA